UGUUAGCAUCACAUGAUGUAUUCAAUAAGUAAUUCCUGGGCAACCAGUGACGUCCAGGAAAGGCUGGAUGGCAACUGAGGAAGAUCAGUGACGCUGGAGAGACAGCUGACCUCCAGGAAAGCCUGGCAUGGGUGCAUGAGGCUAGCAACCUUAUGUACAGCACUCGCAAGAGGGCACCAAAUCAAGCUACGAAUGACCACAAUGAGCAAUACCCCCAGAGUCUCCCGAGAGGGGGGGAGGAUGAGAGACUCGCAAGGACGGACACAUCGGUACAGACCAGGACUGAUACACGGUUAACGAGAAGGCUCACCCAAACCACACUGACAGGGACGGCACCAGAAGUGCGAUGCCAAUGUGGCAAGAUAUGCAAGAACACCAGAGGGCUAAAGAUCCAUCAAGCCAAGACCAAGUGUGGAAAGGAGGCAAUUUUGUUGCAGCGCAGGGUGGAGACACCUCGUCAGACGCAGGAGAACCCCAGUCAGGAGGCACCCCACAGCACUGGAGAUCUCUUGGCAACAGCUUUGCCUUUGAACCACACAGUGGUCAACUCUGAUGCCUCCCAGCAACCUCAACCUGCAAAGGACAGAAUAAAAUGGCCGAAAAUGAACAGCAACAAGGAGUGGCAGCAGCUGGAUGAGGACCUCUGUAAGAUUCUUGAAACUGCUCUGGUAGGUGCAGCAGAACAGAAGAUGGCAACGAUGACAGCAAUCAUCUAUAAUGUGGCCAAGGAGCGGUUUGGUGUCGAGGAUAGGAAGACCAGUACUCCUAAUGUCCGGCAACCAAAUCGUAGGGAAAAGGAGAUGCAGAGCUUGCGGAGAGAGAUAAAGGCACUAUCCAGGCAGUUCAAGAAUGCCACCGAAGGGGAAAAAGAGGGAAUUAGAGACCUAACAUCAGGGCUUCGUGAGCAGCUUCGCAGGCUAAGAAGGGCAGAGCAGACACGGAAGCAGAGAAAGAAGAAGGGGGCAAAGAGGGCACAGUUCAUCAAAGACCCUUAUAGGUUCACUAAAACCUUAUUAGGAGAAGCAAGAUCAGGAUCACUCAGCAGCUCUAAGGAGGAGGUUGAAGAGGCUCUGAGGUUGACUCACUGUGACCCACAGAGGUAUGAACUUCUUAGCAGCCACCCAAAGAUCAUCAAGGUGCCACCCCCCUCAGAACCUUUGGUGACCAGAGAACCGACCUGGAAGGAAGUGGAGGAGGUGGUGAAAAAGGCAAGGACAGCAUCAGCCCCUGGACCAAGCGGAGUGCCUUACAAAGUGUACAAGAAGUGUCCACUUCUGCUACGUAGACUUUGGAAGCUCUUCCGGACAAUCUGGGCAAAGGGCAGCAUACCAACUACCUGGAGAGUGUCAGAGGGCUGCUUUGUGCCAAAGGAGAAGGACUCUUCUGAGAUCGGCCAGUUCCGCGCCAUCUCUCUGCUGAGUGUAGAAGCCAAGAUCUUUUUCUCAGUCUUGGCGAGAAGAAUAACUAACUACAUGACAACAAAUGGAUACAUUAACACCUCGAUCCAGAAGGGGGGGAUUCCAGGGGAGAAGGACUCUUCUGAGAUCGGCCAGUUCCACGCCAUCUCUCUCCUGAGUGUAGAAGCCAAGAUCUUUUUCUCAGUCUUGGCGAGAAGAAUAACUAACUACAUGACAACAAAUGGAUACGUCAACACCUCGAUCCAGAAGGGGGGGAUUCCAGGGUUCUCUGGAUGCCUGGAACACACCACCAUCCUCAGCCAUCUGAUCCAGGAGGCCAGGGGGAGCAAGGGCAACCUAACAGUUGUCUGGCUGGACCUCGCAAAUGCAUAUGGGUCCAUGCCCCAUUCUCUCAUCAACAAGGCUAUGGAGCAGUACCACAUCCCCGACAAAUCAGGUUGA